UCAGCAUCACUAACUGUACAUGAGACUGCAAAGUGACACGCGCCAACCAGAACAGAGACUGUGAGGACAAGAGGAACUGGACUGGAGGAAGUGACGAGGACGACUGACGAAGAUGUUCCGCCACAACAACCGAGCGAUCGAUCAGGAGAUGGAGGAUGGCGAGGCUGACAGUGCAGCCGAGGGAGCACCUCCCGCAGACAAUAUGGAGGAUCUGAUGAAGGACCUGAGGGAGAUUGUAGACAACUAUUUAAGGAAUCUGCGUAAAGGACCACACCCCGAAGACAUAUGUUGGCGCGUGGAAGAUGACAGAGCAGCAGCAGUCAUCCUCGGAGGAGCAGUCGGAGGAGCAGUCGGAGGAGCAGUUGGAGGAGCAGUCGGAGGAGCAGUCGAAGGAGCAGUCGGAGGAGCAGUCGUAGGAGCAGUCAGAGGAGCAGUCGAAGGAGCAGUCGGAGGAGCAGUCGUAGGAGCAGUCAGAGGAGCAGUCGAAGGAGCAGUCGGAGGAGCAGCCGUAGGAGCAGUCGGAGGAGCAACCGUAGGAGCAGCCGUAGGAGCACCCGUAGGAGCAGCCCAAGGAGGAGUCGGAGGAAUACUCGGAGGAGCAGUCGUAGGAGCAGUCGGAGUAGGAGUCGGAGUAGCAGUCGUAGGAGCAGUCGUAGGAGCAGUCGGAGGAGCAGUCGUAGGAGCAGUCGGAGGAGCAGUCGGAGGAGCAGUCGGAGGAGCAGUCAGAGCAGUCGAAGGAGCAGCCGUAGGAGCAGUCAGAGGAGCAGUCGGAGGAGCAUUACUAGGAGCAUUACUAAGAGCAUUACAAGGAGACGUAUGUUGGCUUUGCAUGUUAACAUCGUAGCUUGUGCACAUGUUAAUUAUUCAAAUGUUUUCUUAAACCUGCAAAACGUUGAGACUGCAACGAGCUGAACACAAAGAACAACACUUUGUUUUCCAGGAUAUAACCAUGGUUCUGAAUAAAACAAGGAUCUAGAAAUAUGACAUUAUGAUAUAUAUAUGA